UAUGCACAUAUGUGGGCUCCUCAUGGUGGAGGUGCAUGUAGGGGUGUGGUGCCAGUACCAAAAGAGCCAAAUGAUGCCACAACAGAGGUGAUGGCUCUGGGCUUGCUCUCGGAGGUUGUUGGCUCUGAGCAUCCCUCCUCCUUGCUGUGUUUCAGGGCUCUGAAUGCUGACAUCACUGGGGAUGGAUCCCUCCCUGUUCCAGCAGCACCAGGGAGCCCUGACCCUGGCUGAGCCAUACAACAGAGAAACGUGGACAUAACACGGCUAGAUGUGGAGGCCACUGUGGCUAUGCACUCACAUCACUGCUCUCUGCAUGGAUGUCCCAAACCAGAUUUCUGUGCUUGAUGAGGUGCUCAUGCUGCUCACUGCAGGGUUUGGCCCAAGUGCAGCCCCACUGGGCUCAGCUGCCUGCCUACAACUGGGUGGCUGGGCCAGGCCAGUGGCUCCCAGAGGAUGUUUUGAUUUCAGAGGUCAGGUUUGAGUUGCUUUUUUAGGGAUGGAGAGCUGCUCUGCUGAGCAUGGCCAGGCAGCAGUUUUCCUUGAGAUGCUCCAGCCAGUCCUGCCCCAAUGGUUUUCUUGCUGGGUUUCAACUUCCCACUGCUAAGAUCUCAGCCCCAGGUUCUGCUGAGAGGCGCAGCUGUAACUGUGCUGUAGGUGGGGCUGGUCCCCUGCUCCAUGAGCUCUCUGUUGCUGGUUCCCACACUGAACUGGGAUAAUGCUGCUUUGCUCUGAGGCUGGGCAACCUGGGCUAUGGAGAAAGCCAGUGGGACACCCCUGGAGAUGCAGCAUCACCUUUAUCCCAGGGUGCAGCAGCUCUGCAAGGUGGGGCAGAGAGCCAUGGGGCACAUGGCACCUUGGUGGCAGCAGGAGCUGGAAGAAGGGACAGCAGAGCCACCAUCAGCCUGGACCACUCUGGUGGUGGGUGUGGUGAGUGUCCCAUUCUCUGCAGUGUUAGCUCUCUGCUAUCCCUGUUCUGUCCUGUCUGGCAGUGGACACAGGUACCUCUGCUGUUGCCUCAGGGAGCCACCAGCAUCCCAAUGCACGGGGCUGGCCCAGGCAGAGCUGAGCUGGGGGCACACCGCAACCAAGAGAGGAAGCAGCAGGAUCUGGAAGGGCUAGGCUGCCAGGGAUUCCUGCCCUCUUCCAAUCGAAAUGCCUUGCAGAGGGAAAUACUGCUGAUGCACUGCGCGGGAACAGCUCUGUCUGCUGGAGAAGCCAAAACUUGAGUCUGGGGUAAUCUCCUGCUUGCUGGGGCUCAGUUAUAUGCUGGGUUCUCCCCUCAGUGUGCCAUGAGCUGGCUGGGAGCCUGGAUGUGUGGGUGUUCACCCCACUGACUGCUCUGCGAGGGGAAAAGAGGCUCCCCCAGCUCUUGGCUUCACAGUGGGUGCCAGCGGCUGAUUUACCACAGAUGCUCUCAGCUGUACAUCAUGGCACAGGCGGUUGCACAGAAGGCUGCAUACGGCCAGGCUCUGCUCCGAGCAUUCACAGGGUGCAAUGCUCAUUGUGUCUGUUUGUAGCAGGAAUGCAUGUGUCCAGCUCCACAGUGCUGCCCAGAAUACAAGAGGGUUUUUUUUCCACGAAGUUGCUGCUUGCAACAGCUGUGGCUUUAUGGUCUGCAGUGGGGGCACAGCAGGAGGUGCCGGGGGAGCAUAGAGUGAUGCUGGAGCAGGGGUUGUGCUAUGAUUUAGGUUUAAACUCAAACACACAUAAAGUAGAUGCUAAAAGUGGACGUGGUUGGGUCAUGGUAGGGAGCCCCAUGCAAGACAGCCUGGGCAAGGCUCCAUUGCAGCUGUCCUGCAUUGUCCCCUCCUGCAGCCCCAGCACAACCUGCUCCACUUCAGGGUGGUGUUAGCAGCUCUGUGCUUGACAGCAGCAGCCGAGAUACCCCGAGGUCACAGGUGUCCUGGCCUGCAACCCCUCCAAGGCUCAAACCUAAUCGCUGUGGGUUGGACUGUCCCUGACUCUGGCAGGACUGUCACCACUGGCCAUGGGUCCCUGCCAGAGCUGUGGCAGCCAGGGGCACAAGGUCUGCUCAGAGGGGCUAGGCUGUCCCCAGGGGAAUUUAGGAUCUGCCAGAGGUAUCCCCCUGGGGACUUUGUGGUCCCCUGUUCCCAGCCCCAGCAGUGGCAGAUCCCCAGGUUGGAUGGACAGGAUUUGGCCUCCAUGGUGUCCUUGCUCGUGAUGGCUCUGCAUAGGGGCUGUGGGACACACCAUACCCUCUCCAUGCCUCCAGUGCCUGCUCCCCUGGUGGGCUCUCAAGGGGGUGGAGAACCCCAAGCUACAGCACACAAGGUUUUUGGGGCUGCACAGGAGGGUUGUUUUUGAUGAGCAGAGCAAAGGAUGAAGAGAGUACAUGGAACAGGAGUCUUGUCUGUGGUAGGUCUGCCCUGCUAGACCUUCUGGUGCUUAACUCACAGGGGAAGGCAGCAUGAUCUAGUGGUGGGGCUAGGCCCUCGUGAGAUGGGAUUUGGACUCCUGGGGAAAAAGUGGCAGCAGAGUCAUUGGAGAGCUCUCAAACCCCAUCUGAACUCCCUGGGUGCUUGCUCCUGUGCCCAGGCUGUCUCCCUGCAGCCCUGACCCAUCCCUUCGUAUCCUGGAGCUCAUGUCUGCAUCGUGGUGGGAGCUUGGGCAUCUCGUGCAUGCCAUGGCCAUGCUGUGGCCAUGGUGUGAAGUCCCCCCCCUACCACAGCCAGUGCUUGGGAUAAACCAGUUACAGACUGUCUCCAGGCUCUGGCUGUAGUUUUGCCUGGGACCACACGCCCUUCACUUUCCCAGAACACAGGGAUGUGCAGAGUGGCACAGAGAUCAGACAUGUCCCUGGGCAAAGGAGCCGGAGAGGGUCACAGCUCCUGUGCCAGCCCCAAUGCCAGUGUGGGGUGAGGGCUGUGGGACUGGCAGGAGCUGAAGGAAUGGGCUUGGAUAAGGGCUAGCAGGGGGAUUUGGGGCAGGUCUGUGGGGCUGGCUGGCAAGCUGAGGGGCUGUGGCCAACCCGAGGAAGCAGCAGGUGCCACGGGGAGCAUGGCCACCCCUCUGCUUCUUUGGGGUUCGCUCUCACUGGCCCUGCCACCUCCUCCCAUCACCCCAUCUCUCUCCAGGCCGUGUGGGGUGCCCCAGGGGCUGGGUCCCCAGGGCCAGGGUCAGGACAAGCUGCAGCUCUGCUGGGCUGGGAUGUCAAAGGGGCCAUAACCCUGGUGUUUUGCAAACUCCUGGGGUCAGCAGUUCAGCUGCCACUGACACAGGGGCCCGGAGACACACACGGGCAUUUUGGGUGGAUGCUGUAAGCAAACAAACGAAGGUAGAGUUACAGGUGACGGACACCCCCCCCUGGCCACUGCUGUUAGUUUUAGGCUUAACCCCCCUGUGGGCUGGGUGCAGGAGCCCUCUUCCUAAGAGGACCCAAACCGAAGUCAAAUUGCCUGGCCCAGCUGGCUGGGAGCCAAGGCUGAAGCUGGGCAGCAAAGGCCCAGCAUUUUGCAUGUAUAUCAGUUCCUUGGGGCACUAAAGGAGCCUCUGAGACCGUCCCACAGAGAGGACAGUGACCCCCUGCAUUGAGUGGCAGCUCCCGCCUUCCUGGGUGGCCAGUGGACCCCCCUCCCACCCAGCCUGGCUUUGACCCCCCCUUCCAAACCCUGCCUGAUGGUGUGUGGCUGGAGACCCUGAGGAGGGUGCUACUGCUUGGGCUGGGGCUACAAUGCUGGGGAAGUUAUGCCAGCCAGAAAUAUUUUAGGACCAGGUCCUGAAGAUGCUGUUUGGUCAUCCACAUGUCCAUGUGGGUCACCCCUUCCCUAUGCACGUGUCACAGCUGUUCCUGGUCUGACUGUUUAUUUGCUGACCCCUGUUAGAUGCAGAGCAGAUAUGCACAAAAAUAUUCAACCUUGGGUUUGAAUCAUGCAAGGCUGGGAAUCCCACCUUCCCCGUGAGCUGAUCGCACACGAACUGCCCUCUCUGGGAGCUUUUGGUCUUUGUUUCUGGCUUGCCUAGUGCAAUCCCAGCUGUGCGACUGUGUGCAGAACCCUUCCCGAGAUGAGUGGCCACACAGCCAGCCCAGUUCUCUUUCCUUGUAGGUGAAUGAGGCCUGGGGGUGCAUCUCCCCUUCAGUGCCCUCCACAAGGCUCCUGGCCUUGCUUGGUUCUGCCAGAUCUUCACCUGUGUGUCCAGCUCACCUCUUAGCUCCCCCGCCAUGUACUGGCUGUGGAUGUGGGAGAUGAAAAUAGCACCAGUCUCAUCAGAGCCAAACGUAGCCAUGCUGGCAGGUGCUUAACACCAGUGGAAAAUCCCUCUGUGCAUCUAUAGACUGCCUUGGAUGAGCUUCUGCUCUGCCUGAGGACCACGAGUGAAGCUGCCACGUGCUGAGCCGCCCAAGGCUGCUCCUGCUAUGCUGGCAGCCCUGCUGAUGCAGGUGGUGAGUUUUCCUCCAAAUCACCCAGCCUGGACGGAAAGCAGAGUGUAGCUUUGACUCCUCCAUCUGCAGGAGCAUUGCUGCCUGGGAGUCAGCAUGUGGCCAUGAUGGAUCCAAUAUUGACAUCAGCACUUCCAAAAGCACAGCCUGAAAUUUUGGAAGCAAAGGCCUCCUGCUUGUGCUGCUGUGCAGGAGGGACAGGAGGUGAUGAAAUGGUCUCCAAGGGGCAGAGGAGGGAGCCCUGUUCCCUGAAACAAAGCUAUGAGAGCAGACUGCUGAAGAGGGACCUAACAGGGCCUUGUUACCCAGGUUGGUCCUGCACAGGGGUGGGCGCAGCUCCAGGGGGCUGUGACAAGAACACAGGGGUAGUCUCUUGGCCUGGCGUUCCCACCGCCCAUGAAACAUGCCUCAGCCCUGCUACUAGUAAUUGAAUACAGAGGAGAAUUAAUUGUGAGUGGGCUGCGUCUCCCCUCCCUGCUCCUCGUUUGCCCUGGGGCUUCCUUGGUGCUGUGGGUAGGGAAGACAAGGUCAUUCCCAUGUAACACAUCCCGGUGGGGUUCGGCCAAGUUCCUUCCCUUCGGGGAGGGGGGCAGGUUAAUGGCGAGUGGUGGAAUCGCCCCAGGCUGCUCUGCACUGCUCAGCCAUGGAGCUGCUGUUGCCUUCGAAACGCCCCAUUAAUGCUGCGUCCCCUUUGUGAAGGAUCAGCGGGCAGGGCUGGGGGCAUGGUGCUGCGAGGCUGGGGCUAGGAAGGGUGAGGGUGGAGCGGGCUAGCAUCCCUCUGACUCUGCUGGGUAGCCAGAAGCUGGUUUAUGGACACGCAUCCUCCAGGUAUGGCUGUAAAGUGUUACGAGCUCCUGAUUUUCAUGUGUUUUGGCUAUCCAUCGUAUGGCAUUGGAGGGGAGGGAGAAACACAGGACAGUGCUACCUGUGCUCCAGGAUCUUCGUCUUUGUUGUGCCCCAGCCUUUGACUAACCCUCAGCCCCAUGCUAGCUGCCUCACCACCUACACUGACCAUCCCCUUUCAAGGGCAACUGCUCUGCAGACCCUCCGACCCUUCUAUGCUUGCAGAGAGGUCUCCUCACCAUCCAGCCAGCUCUGUUGUAGUGUGCUGUUGCAGGUGCUUCUCCAUCAGUCAGGAUUAGCACUGCAGUCCUGUCUAUGUCCCUGGCCUGGCAAGAACAGAGAGCUGUGUCUGUUGGCCUUUCUCUGCAAGCAACAGCAAUGUCUUAGUUUUUUCUCCACCUGAUAGUUUCCCCUGGUAGAGAGGUGUUCAAGCCAAACCUCCUGCUGGCCUUUUGCUGGCUACCCCUCACCCCAAAUUUUCCCAGCCUCCUCAUGAUGUCAGUUCCCAGUUUGCUAGGAGCCCUGUCUCCACUCACCCUGUUUUGGCCUGGUUACCCCUAAAGCUGUGGUUGGUGUUGCAUUUUUUGGCUCUGCCUUUCUGAAAUAAGUAAUGCUAGUGGGGAGGUUUUAGCCUGAUGCUAAGGGAGGAGGUGGUAACAUCUACACCUUGCUGACUUUGACCUCUUGUGGGGAGUGGGUGCUUGCUCUGCCAUCCCUUGCCCUGCAGCAGGAGACGGGUGUCAGAGGACCACUUCUGACUGGGACUGGGCCAGAUGGGGAUGAUGCUCUAGAUCGGGGGUGUCAAACUCAUUUUCACUGGGGGCCACAUCAGCCUCACAGUUACCUUCAAAGGGCCAAAUGUGAUUUUAGGACUGUAUCCGUGUAGGAGUAAUGAGUUUGACACCCCUGCUCUAGAAGAAGCAGGCUGGAAGCUGGAGCUGGGACAUGGCUAUGUCCUGCAGUUGUGCCAAGGGACAUCCUGGGAGACAACAGGGGUGGUGCUUCGGUGGCCCUGCAUGAGGGGUGCAGGGCUAAGGGUCACAGGAAGAAUGGGGAAAGACCCCUCCAGCACUUCCUAUGCUUUCCCCACUCUCUGCUCUACAGUGGCACAGGCAGACCCCUCUCAGGGUCUCACAGUCCCUCGUUUGCUCCCCUCCAUAUCCUCAAAUCUUCCCUUGCUCUGCUCACUGCCGCAGUGCAGCUGAGGCUGCUCCAGGAGCUGCCCCGUGGCUCCCAGGUGUCAGGGGAGCUAUGUGGGGUGCAAAGGGGAGAAGAGGUGGGAAAGGUUUGAGAGCAAGCCUGGAUCCCAACCAGGCUGGGCCAGCCAUCUCCAUGUCCAGGUUCCUCUCUUGGCUCCUGCUUCUUGGUAUUGCAGCCCUGUGGCUGCUGCUGGGCACCCUCAGCUUUAUGGGAAAAAGAGGUGAGGGGGCUGCAGCUCACAGCUCUGGUGUUUGAUGCUUCAUCUGCAGUGUUUUAACAUCCCUGAAGAACAUAAAAUACAUGAGCUGUUUUCUGAAGGACACACAUUCCUGCACAUGCCCAGCCUAAACACAGUCCCAGUUCUGCAGACCAGGGCUAUGGAACAGUGGUACACCAGGACGGGAUGUGAUGGGACCAUGCUGGUGCCUCCUCCAGGGAUCACACCCUGACGGCUGCCUGGAGUGCUGCAGACACAGCAGGUCCCCAACUCUUUCUGAUGGGAGGGGAUUUCUUCUACCAGCUCCAUAGCAGCUUGGCCUGAGGCCCAGCUGGUCUCAGGAGCACUGGACUGAGGUUUCUCUGCUCUGCAGGAGAGCCAGACAAGCCAUUCAGCCUCAGUACCUGAGGAUGUAGGGGACCCUCACCCCAUGGACCGGGGGCUUAGCUCAGAUGGCCUGCAAAGGAGCUGAUGAGCAGUCUGACUUCCCUGUGCUGCCUUGCACAGGAGGAAGACUUUCCAGAGAGGCUUACUUUUAACUUCGAAAUCAAGAAGGGGAGUGUUACUCUUGGUGUAAAUAUGGGUGACCCCGUGAUGGUCUGGGAAGCACCAAGAGAAGGAGGCAAAUGCCUCUGUGCAAGCCCUCACCUUCCCUGCAAGGACCAGAUCAUGGCUGUGAGCCAAGGCAGCGGCAGAGGUGGGAAGAAUUUUGCAGCCGUGAUGCUGCCUGUCCCAAGCUGCCAUCACCAACCCGCUUGUGUCUAUCCCCUGCCCAAAGGUGGGGUAGGAUGGGGGCUGUGGAGGCCUUGGCUGUGUGCCUGGGGAUGGCUGGCAGGAGAAUCAUCUGUCAUCUGCUGUCAGGCAAAGUGUGGCCACCCCUGGGUGAUCCUGCACUGGUUUGGUUUUACAGCUAUGACUGGCACUUGAGCCUGUUUGCCGAGGGCAGAGGACACGUGAGGCUGUCAGCUCGUGGCUGCCUCUGACCCCAUACGGGACACCAUAAAUCUCCCAAUUUAAGGCAGCCUGGGCUGUUCUGGACAUGGUGCUGUUGAACAUGGUGUACAGGAUAACAUGCAGCCCAACCCUGCACCCAUCAGAGGUAAAGCAGGGGUGGCCACUGAUGAACAAGAGCAGCAUCUGGGAAAUUAUUUUAAUUUUUUAUAUAUAAAAAAGUGAGGGUUGUCUGAAUUUCAAGCAUUAAGAAUAUCUAGUGCUGCCUGCUUUGGUUUUCCUCAGGCAACUUGGAGAGGUAGAUAUGGGGAGCCACUUCACGUGUGCUGUGGCAAAUCAGAUGUUUGCACAGAGGGUUUUUCUCCUGAGCGUGUGCUGGACUGAUGAGCUGAGCACAUGAGUGUGUGCUGCGUGUGGAAACCCUCUCUUGCUUCAGCUGAGCACCUUCAAUACCCAUCCUGUCCAUUCCUGUGGUGCUCCUAACGUCUUCCAGUUACAUGCAGGCUUGACCUAAGACUUCUUUCGACAUGUAGGAAAACCCCUCAGAAACAUCGUUCUGGUGUGGAAAAGAUAGGAGCUGGAUGUCAGUGUGUGUGUGAGAGAGAGGAAAGUCCUGUGACUGCAGCUGGUGUAUGCCUAUGUGUGCAAGGUGGGGGUGUGGAUUUUUGGGGCAGGGGGGAGCAAAGAUGAGUGUGUGAAGGGCUGAGUGGGUCUGUACUGGGGGGUGCGCAGUGUGUGUGUGUAGGGAGGCUGUGCAUGUGAGGGGUGAGUGGGAAGGAGGGGGCUGCAUGGGAAAGGCUGUUUGUGUGUGUAAGCUGUGAGUGCAGAAAGGGUCUGCGUGGAAAGCCUUUAUGGAGGUGUGUGUGAGGGCUGUGUAUGUGCAAGAGUGCUGUACAGGCGUGUGCAGGGCUGUGUGUGUGCGCAGGCAGGCUGUGCACACGCGUGUGUGCGUGUGCGGCGGUGCAGCCCGCGCUCUGUCACUCAGAGGCCGGCUGACAGGAGCUGCCUCUCCAGCGGCGGCAGAUAGCGCUGAUUGCUGAUUCGAGGAAACAAAAUAGCAAUUGUAAUUAUGGCCUCUGAUAAGAUAAAGGAGGGCGCGGGGAGCGCGGGGACCGGCAGCAGGGCACGGCCGGCAAAUUAGCAGCUGUCACUCAGCGCCGAGCAGGCGGCGCCGGCCCCGGCCUCGGCCAGGUACCGGCCCCGGGGGCCGCCUGCCGCAGCCCCGCCGUAGCCCCCGCCCCGGUGCGCAACAGGUGGCGGGGCAGGGAGCGUCGGGGCUCGCCGGAACAAUGCAGCCCUCGGCGGCCCUGCCCGGGCUGUGGGGCUGAGCCCCGUCCCGCUGCUGCCCCAUGGCCCCGCAUCGCCGGCCCUGAGGGCGCCCGCCCGCCCCACCAGGUAAGCGCCCGGCGGGGAUGCUCGGGGGGGUGGUCCAGCUCCCCGCCCUGGCUGCGCUAUUUGCUCAGCCUCGCUCCCUCUCGAAACUCCGACCCCCGCCAUCCCCCUGGUAAUCCUUUUAAUGUCUGGCACGUCCCGGGAGGGCUUGCCUGCCUGAUCCCAAUCCACAACGCGCCCGUGGAGCCCCCUCCCUCUCAGCCCUAAAACCUCGUUUUACAGAUAGGGAAACUGAGGCACGGUGAGGGGAGGGCGCCUUGGCGGCAGCUGGCCGCGGAGCCCGGCCCUUAGUGCCAGCCCCGAGCCCGGCGACACCUGGACCUCCGCCCCCUCCACCUCGGCAGGUACCGCCGGGCUGGGAAGCGGAGCGGGGGCGGCGGUCCGGCCGGGCUUCCCCCUGUGGCGGCGGCCGCCCGCCGGUCGUGCCCGCCCCCGCCGUCGGGGCUGCGGGCUGGUUUCGCCGGGGCGGCAGGGGCCGCGGAGCAGAGCGGGGCAGGGGGCUCCCCGCGGUGGGGGGCCGCCGGCGGUGCACCCCGGGGGCUGGGCGGGCGGGCUGGCGGGGGCCUUUCCCCUCUGUAGCCGCUUGUGCCCUCCUUUCCUGGGGGCGAGGACGCUCCGGCAGGGCGAUAGGAUCCGAGGAGCCGAGGCAGCGCCGCGUCGCGCCCCCCCGGGCGCUCCCCGCCGCCGGUCUCCCGGCCCUGCACCGACGCCGCGAUGGACCCCUGCUCUUCGCUCUUCAGCUGCGUGUUAAUGCACUUGUUGGUCCUCUGCUUGCAAGCCCAGCAUGUGAGGGAGCAGAGCCUGGUGACAGAUCAGCUCAGCCGGCGGCUCGUCCGUACCUACCAGCUGUACAGCCGGACCAGCGGGAAACAUGUGCAGAUCUUGGACAACAAGAAAAUCAAUGCAAUGGCAGAGGAUGGGGACGUACACGCCAAGCUCAUUGUGGAGACGGACACCUUUGGGAGCCGUGUACGCAUCAAGGGGGCGGCCACUGGUUUCUACAUCUGCAUGAACAAGAAGGGGAAGCUGAUUGGCAAGAGCAAUGGCAAAGGCAAGGACUGCGUCUUCACGGAGAUCGUCCUGGAGAACAACUACACAGCGUUGCAGAAUGCCAAGUACGAGGGCUGGUACAUGGCCUUCACCCGCAAGGGCCGUCCGCGAAAGGGCUCCAAGACCCGGCAGCACCAACGGGAGGUGCAUUUCAUGAAGAGGCUUCCCAAGGGCCACCAGACCACUGAGCCUCAUAGACGCUUUGAGUUCCUCAACUAUCCCUUCAACCGGAGAAGUAAAAGGACUAGAAACUCCAACUCCAAGGCAGGCCCUUGAUGCGCCCUCCUCUGCCCGUCCUGCCUGCACCUCUCCCGGAGGACUCUCCUCCAAGCUUGGUGGACUAUAUGUAGAGACUUUCCCAUAUGGAUAUUAAAGAGAAAAAAAAAAAAGGGGGAGGGGGGAGGAUAAAAAAAAAAUUACUUGUUCUAGUUGUUGAUAAUUUUGGGAGGUUUGUUUGGUUUUUACAAAAAAAAAAAAAAAAAAAAAAAAAAGAAAAAGAGAGGCUCUAUUUUUGUACUCCAACUUUAAAAGAAAUGAAAUGUUCAAAGACUGGUGAAGGGGGAAGAGCCCUUCGCUUAGAUAUGUUCUAGUCUGUUUUUGGGGUCGUGUUUUGUUUCAUAAUUUUUUUUUUUGUAGCUCUAGGGGAAAAGGAGAAAAAAAACCCAACAUUUAAAACAAGCAAAAAAAAAAAAAUUCAAAUCUGGGAGCGAUGUGCUACUUCAAUGAACUGAAUGAAUGCUUACCAGAGAAGAUGGAGAGGUCAGAAAAUGAAUAGAGGAAGGGGAUUUAUUUCAGAGGUGGCUUGAGGUCUCCCAGGUGUGUUUUGCAGCCUGGGUGAUGUGCGUGGGCUGGCUGCAAUGCCCAGGGUGAGAACCGCAGAUCCUUUCCUUCCUUGGAUGCACCUGCUUCGGCUGAGUGAGGGCUGUGGGAAGCUGCUUGCAUCCUUCCAGAAACACUGCUGGCUUCCCAACUUGUUUUUCCUCAGGAGGGGACAGGGGUGAUGAACACCCCAGAGAAAGUCCUGAACUGACUUGGUACCUCUUACCCACGAGAGCAUCUUUGUCAUUUGUUUUUUCUGAACUACUAAGGUGAGGCAGUGGGUGAUGGCUGCUGUGGAGCAGGCUGGUAACUCUUGUUGUUUUAGAUAUUUUUUUUUUCCAUGUGGAAAAUGUGAACUUUUCAUCAAUUUCUUUUUCCUGUUUAUAUUUUUUUAAUCAGAUGGAAGUUUUCAUUCAUAAAAUUAAAAAAAGUUUACAAUUUACUGUGGAGCUAUUUCAGGCUAGUUUUGUUGUAAUGUUCAGUUUGUAAUUGCCACUUCCAUUGUCAGCUGCCUCUUCCAGGUUUGUUCUUUGAGAAAUACCACUGUCCUUGUCCUCCUCGGAAAGGAAAGGUUUUCUUUCAAAGUUUCUGUGUUGACAGAAGCCAAAAUUUCUAUUUAGAAAAAAAAAAAAACCCUCAAAGGAAACAUUAGAUCUUUUGAGUGAACAUCCCUAGCCAGCCCUGCUUUGCACAUGCUGCCCUGGGCCUGUGACUCUCUCUAAAGGGUUAUAGCAAUUAUUCUUCACAGGGAGGGCAAACAAAGACACUGGAUAGGAGCCAGAAUCAGGGGUGACUUUUCAUCCAAUCUUUUUGAUUGAUUGUUUUUUGUUUCCUUGAGGAUUUUUUUGUUGUUGUUUUUGGUUUGGUUGUGUACAAAUUGAAUAUGAAAUGACUGAAAUAUUUAUUUAAUAUGUGCAUUAAAAGUUUGUAUUAGUCUAA